UCAUGACCAUUUUAUUAGAUUUAACUCAUGUUUAAAAUCAUCACACAAAUUACAGUUGGCUACUCAAGCCUUCUAUGAAGCACUACAUCUACAUCCUUCUUGGUUUCUUGUUAUAAUUUUGCACAACUCUGUUAAUGAACUUCUUGAAUGCAACGUGUUCAUCUUUGGUAGCUUCUUGUGUGUCCGGUACUUCCAUUCCUUCAAUUGAUAUGCUCAAUAGUUCAUUCACAUGAUCAGGCAGAAGGCGACGUCUUUCAGAACACAAAAUUCUAUUUAAUGAUGAAAAAGAACGUUCAGCCAUAGCUGUUGUGACUUGGAGUAGCAAGAGAUAAAUUCCUCCUUCUUUCAUCCCAGGAAACAGAACACAAAGAUCGGGUCGAGCCACUAGCGAUGAUAAAAAAGAAGUUGAAGUCAAAUCUUCAUUCAUUCCUCGUAUGAUAUUCCACUCUGUGUUCAAAUUCUCUAUUCUGUCCUGAUCACAUGACAACCCCAUUGCUGGUAGUGCCUCACUCCACUCAACUGUCGUUGUUUUAUAGGACAGGCAUCUGUAAAACCUACGUAGAGGUUGAGUAGAAUCUAGAAGUCGCUGUUGUAGAUUUUUAAGAAUCAAGUCUGUGUAUUUUUUCAGUUGUCUUAAACACUUCUUGUCCUCUUCACUUAAGGAUUCAAUAUAAAUGCCUUCAUUAGUCAACUUCUGGACUGAAGUCUUUGCUUCUUCCAUUACUUUUUUAACGGAUUGCUCUCUGAUUGAUCCACAUAUAGCUUCUAUUGCUGGACAAAGAUCUACUACUGUUGUAGCAGAUGCCUGGAUGGCAUUGUGUAAUGACCCAAGUGGUUUCAACAGUAGACUUACAAGAGAGUGAAUGGCAAUAGUCUUCUCUGAACGUAGUAGCAAAAGUAAUCCACCAGCCUCACUACUUAGAUCCAUCCCAGCUUGGUAGAUACUUUCCAAAGCCAGUAAUAACGGCUGGAGUAAUUUUAAGACAACAGCCAAGGACCGCUCAUGAGAAAGCCAGAGGGUUUCCCCAGGUUGGACUAAUUUGAACUUCAGUCUCAGUGUAUCUUCUAUAUUUUCCAAGAUAUUCAGUCUUUUUGGACUCUUGCUGAAAAAAGAAUAUAAUGAAGACUUUACAUUUAUAACUUUUUAAAUGUCUUUUGAAGAUUCUGCAGCUCCUACUAGUGCUAGUUGGAGUAGAUGGCCUCUGCAGUGUGUCUAGGAGAGAUCAGGGUUACACUUUUCUCUGAGCAAAGCUUGUACUCCACCAUGUCUUCCAGAGAAGUUUGCAGCGCCAUCAAAUGCACAAGCAGCCAUCUGUUUGGGGUCCAGUUGACAAGCAUUUAACUCUUCUAAGAUGUGGAUUGUAACAGAUGCAGCCGAUGUGUCUUCUAGAACUUGAACAUCUGCCAUUGCAGCAGCAGUAGAUGCAUUUCUAGGCUGGGGGCUCUGCCCUGGGAGAGGCUCCUGGGGAGCAGCGGGAAGGGCCCUGCUGGAGAUUCCCCUCUCCCGGCUGCAGCCCGGGCUCCGGGCUCCCAGCACCAGCCGCGGGGGCGCGGGGAUCUUGUAGGGAACCUGGAAUCCACCAGCAACAAAGCGUUACGGUAGCGAGGGCAAUUCACUUCCGUGCCCAGCUCCCUCCUGGGUCCUAGCGCUAGACCCGUUGCUCUGCAGCCCCUGCCCCUGGGGCAGCCCGGCCCAGCACCCGGCGGGGUUCAGACACGUGUAGGGCUGGAGGGGACCUCGACUGAGCAUCCCCCGUCCCUAGGAGCCCAGCAGCGAAUUGCGCGGGGCCCGGUUUGUGUUACAGUCAGAGCCUGCCCGGCUCGGCCUCUGUUUACCUUCCCGGGUCAGAUCCUCCAUUGGGAGCCGGGAGCCCGGGCGGAGCCGCUGCUGCUCCCCGGCGGGGUCCGUGCGGGGCGAGACCGGCACUAACCCCCCUCCCGCCCCGGGCUCUGCCCGCCCCAGCCCCCGAGCCGGAGCCUGCAGAUGCCAGUGACCUUCGAGGAGGUGGCUGUGUAUUUCACCGAGGGGCAGGGGGCUUUGCUGGACCCCGCUCAGAGAGCCCUCUACAGGGACGUCAUGCAGGAGAACUACGAGACGGUGACCUCGCUGGGAGGUGCUGGAAUGGUGAAUGAGAAGGAGAAUCCACAGCGGGAAGGUGGUGAGGACGUGGGUCUGCAGGGAAUGGUAUUGGGAAGAUCCAAGGGGAAUUUUUACCAGAAUCAUAAACCAGGAAAAACGUGCGAAAACCAGCGCAGGUCGGAGAGGCUGCUGGGAUACGACCCAGGGAAGAAAACGUGUGAAACCAUAAAGCAUGGUGGAGAUUGUGAGGAUCUCAAGGAAACCACAGCCCAGCAGAGAAUCCCCACAGAAGAGAGAAAAAACACAUGCAGCGAGUGUGGGAAAAGUUUUAUGCGGAGAUCACAUCUUAUUUCCCAUCAGAGGAUCCACACUGGAGAGAAACCAUAUAAGUGCCUUGUCUGUGCGAAAGGUUUCAGUCAGACCGCAAACCUUAUUUCCCAUCAGAGGAUCCACACGGGAGAGAAACCCUAUAAAUGUCUUGAUUGUGGGAAAGGUUUCAAUCAGGGUUCGCAUCUUAUUAGGCAUGAGAGAACCCACACGGGCGAGCAACCUUAUAAAUGUCUUGACUGUGGGAAAGGUUUCAUUCAGAGCUCACAUCUUAUUAGGCAUGAGAGAACCCACACGGGUGAGAAACCGUAUAAAUGCCUGGAGUGCGGGAAAAGCUUUGUUCUGAGCUCAGAUCUUAUUUCACAUCAGAGUAGCCACAUGGGAGAAAAACCCUAUAAAUGCCUACACUGUGGGGAAAGUUUUGAUUGGAACAUGCAGCUUGUUAGACAUCAGAAGCAGCACACGGGUGAGAAACCCUACAAAUGCUUGGAUUGCGGGAAAGCAUUUAGUGACAGUUCUGCCCUUAUUAUUCAUCAGAGAGUCCACACAGGAGAGAAACCCUAUAAAUGCCUCGACUGUGGGAGAAGAUUCAAUCGGAGCGCGCACCUUACUAGACACAAGAGAACCCACACGGGAGAUAAACCCUAUAAGUGUCCAGACUGUGGGAAAAGCUUCAAUCAGAGCGCGUACCUCAUUUCACAUCAGAGAACUCACACAGGAGAGAAACCCUAUAAAUGCCUUGAGUGUGGGAAAAGAUUCAGCUGGAGUUCCAAUCUGAUUUCACAUCAAAGAACUCACACAGGAGAGAGACCGUAUAAGUGCCUGGACUGUGGGAAAAGGUUUAUUGACAACUCUGCCCGUAUUAAACAUCACAAAAUCCAUACAGGAGAGAAGCCCUAUAAAUGCCUCGACUGUGGGAAAAGUUUCAGUCGGAGAUCAACUCAUGUUCGACAUCAGAGAAUCCACACAGGAGAGAAACCUUGAAUGUUGGAGACGCUUCAGCUGGGGUCAGCUUGUAUCAGGCAUUAGGAAAUCCAUACAGGGAAUAGACCUCUUAAAUAUCUUUAACUUGGAAAAUGUUUCAAGUGGAAUUGACAUUGGAGACUCCACACAGGAGAGAAAUUCUAUCAGUUCCAUCACUAGGACUGGCUUUAUUUUAUUUUAUUUUUUUUUUUUUUUAAAUCCAAUUCCCCUGCAGAUGUCUUUGAUUUCAUUCAUGCUAAAUCAGACUCAUGAGGGCUGGAGAUUUAAGUGUCACAGACCUGGACGAGAAAUUCAAAUGAAUCCCCCACACCCUGUGAUCGUUCUGAGCUUAAAUCCCAAUGUACACAUACUGGUAUCUUUCCUACCAACCUCCGAUUAUUUGCAGACUGUAGUUUUGGUUUUCUCCUUUCAUUAGGAUGAUGUUAAAACUUUUGUAACUAAUGUGACCGUGUAAGAAGGCUCCAAACAGGGCAGGUGUAGAGAGUUCAGAGGAGAACAUGGGUAGGUCCGUUCUCCUGAUUUUGAAUCAUCUGAAACAAGCUCUGGGAUGUUGAUUAUUAUGAAACCGCGAGUGUCUUAUAGUCCACCCUGUAUUGUGACCUAUUUGGAAUCAUAGAAUAUCAGGGUUGGAAGGGACCUUAGGAGGUCAUCUAGGCCAACACCCUGCUCAAAGCAGGACCAAUCUCAAGACAGAUUUUUGCCCCAGAUCCCUAAAUGGCCCCCUCAAGGAUUGAACUCACAACCCUGGGUUUAGCAGGCUAGUGCUCAAACCACUGAGCUAUUUGCUGAAGGCCAUUUGGUCACCUCGUAAGAUAUUAGUUUUGUUUUACAGGAUGUAGUGCAGGUUUAUUGGGGACGCCAUAAGACAAAUGACCACUUGCUAGAACACUGUCUUAUUUUAUUGGUACCAUUUUAUGACCCCUUGCCAUGAGACCUUAGUGUUGUUUGAACAAUGAUUAUUAUACAUCACCAUCAGCGCAAACACCGAUGGGGGCCAGUGUGAGAGUCGCAGGCCGAGAGGCAGAGACUGAAACAGGGAAGGAAGUUCCUGCUGGAUCCCUGCAGUGAUGGGAGAUACGGUCGGGAGAGAGAUAAAGGGCUGGGAAACUGCAGGGUUUUCUCUGGGGAGCCAGACAGAAAAGGCUGAGAAUUGUUAACUUGCUGCACUAUAGCCGGAGAGAGACAGGAACUAGUUUGUGAUCACUGGGUGAAACUGUCCCUGAAUCCUAAAGGGCUACAAAUGACGCUGCUUGUGUGGAGUUGCUGGUUGCAUCAGUGAUUCCUGGGUGAACAAGGCUGAGCAGAGAUAGGAAGGAAACUAGGGAAAUCAACAGGCCUGGCCGGCCCUGAGGCCAGCUGACGUCCAUCGCUGCGACUGGAGGGCAAUGAGGAGUCUGUGAACCACGAUGGUCACCGCUAUCCCCCUCCACAGCAUCCUUUAUUGGGACGACGGAGACUCUCUCUGUCACACUCACCACAUGCACGUCAAGGACGUCCCGUCCUCAGCCGGGAUUGGCAAUGCCGCACCGUUCUCCGGCUCCCGUUAACCCGAGCUCCCUGGCUUUCCUGCUCUCACAGCAUUUGCUUCUCUGUGACUGAAUCCCGGCGUCUCUAAUGGAUCCUUUUCUGCCUUUUUCUGCCCACUGUACAACGUUGCUACGUUGCUGAUGCCUGCGGGAGCCGGGAGCAGCACCGGGCUGGGCUGGGGCUGAAAUGCUUUGCGCUGAGCUGGGCUCUGGGUGUGAGGAGGAGAUUUUAGCUUUUAUUUUUGGCUUGGAAAGAAUAAAGUCGAAUUUAGUUUCUCAAACUCCUUUGUCGUGAGUCAUGAGUAAAAAUGGCCUUUAAUGGACUCGGAGUGCACCUGGGAAUCUUCUUUGAGGCUUUAUUUCCCCAA